AGGAAAAAUUUCUUCUGUAACUAAAAUGACAUCAUGCUGCCUCCUAUGGGGGAAUACUGAAGCCUUCUCAAAGGUACAACACCGUGGCUGACUGAGUGGCUGGACUUCACUGAAAGGAGCCAUUUCACUGGGGCAGUGGAAUAACUGCAGUUAUCUCACUACUCGUUGGGAAGUGCUGUGCGUUGCUAGGAUUAAUUCAACACUAAAGUCUGGGAUGGGCCUUAGGGGCAAACAUUCCCUUGUUUCUUCUGACAUUGGGAUUUGUCUACAGCCGGUCAGCUGAGGCACCUACCACGCAUCAAUUUUUUUUUUUUUUUUUUAUUGGUUGCCCGGGAAAAGAUAUAUUUUCCCUUGCUUCAUCUCCUUUUGACUACUUUUUUACUAGUUUAAAUUUUCCUUGACUGAUUAAUUUCUCCUGGCUGUGGAAAAAGAGCCCUGCUGAUGUUGAUUUAAAUAAUGUCGAAACCAAUGGGACUCCUAUGGCUGCCUUUGAUCUUCACACCAGUGUGUGUCAUGUUGAAUUCUAACUUCCUCCUGUGGAUAACUGCACUGGCUAUAAGAUUUACUCUGAUUGAUGGCCAAGCACAAUACCCAGUUGUUACUACGAAUUAUGGCAAAAUACGUGGUUUAAGAACACCUUUGCCUAAUGAGAUCCUUGGUCCGGUGGAGCAGUACUUGGGUGUUCCUUAUGCUUCUCCUCCAACUGGAGAAAGGCGAUUUCAGCCCCCAGAGCCACCAUCGUCGUGGACGGGUGUCCGCAACGCCACACAGUUUGCUGCUGUCUGCCCGCAAUACCUGGAUGAGAGGUCACUGCUCAACGACAUGCUGCCAGUCUGGUUUACAGCCAAUCUGGAUACUGUGGUGACAUAUGUUCAAGAUCAAAAUGAAGACUGUCUGUAUUUGAAUAUCUAUGUGCCCACAGAGGAUGACAUUCAUGAUCAGAACAGCAAGAAACCUGUUAUGGUCUACAUCCAUGGUGGAUCUUACAUGGAGGGUACUGGAAAUAUGAUUGAUGGCAGCAUUCUCGCAAGUUAUGGAAAUGUCAUUGUUGUCACUAUCAAUUACAGGCUGGGGGUUUUAGGUUUUUUAAGUACUGGGGACCAAGCUGCAAAAGGCAAUUAUGGAUUGCUUGACCAAAUCCAAGCUUUACGUUGGAUUGAAGAAAAUAUUGGAUCUUUUGGAGGAGACCCGAAGAGAGUUACUAUUUUUGGAUCUGGGGCAGGAGCUUCCUGUGUCAGUCUCCUGACACUUUCCCACUAUUCAGAAGGUUUGUUCCAAAAGGCAAUCAUACAGAGUGGAACAGCCCUGUCCAGCUGGGCAGUGAACUAUCAGCCUGCCAAGUACACUCGGAUAUUGGCAGAUAAAGUGGGCUGCGACAUGCUGGAUACCACUGAUUUGGUUGAAUGCCUGCGGAAUAAGAAUUACAAAGAACUCAUUCAACAGACUAUCACUCCAGCCACGUACCACAUUGCCUUUGGGCCUGUGAUAGAUGGAGACGUGAUUCCAGAUGACCCUCAGAUUCUAAUGGAGCAAGGGGAAUUCCUUAACUAUGAUAUAAUGCUGGGUGUGAAUCAAGGGGAAGGUUUAAAAUUUGUGGAUGGAAUUGUAGACAAUGAAGAUGGUGUUUCUCCCAAUGAUUUUGACUUUUCCGUCUCCAAUUUUGUGGACAAUCUGUAUGGUUAUCCAGAAGGGAAGGACACACUGCGAGAGACCAUUAAAUUCAUGUACACUGACUGGGCAGACAAAGAAAACCCUGAAACGAGGAGGAAGACCCUGGUUGCUCUUUUCACAGACCACCAGUGGGUUGCUCCAGCUGUUGCCACGGCUGACCUGCAUGCCCAGUAUGGAUCUCCAACAUAUUUCUAUGCAUUUUAUCACCACUGCCAAAGUGAAAUGAAACCCAGCUGGGCUGAUUCAGCUCAUGGUGAUGAAGUCCCUUAUGUGUUUGGGAUUCCUAUGAUUGGUCCCACAGAACUGUUCAACUGCAACUUUUCCAAGAAUGAUGUCAUGCUCAGUGCAGUGGUUAUGACAUACUGGACUAACUUUGCCAAAACUGGAGAUCCAAACCAGCCUGUUCCACAGGACACAAAGUUCAUCCACACAAAACCCAACCGCUUUGAAGAAGUGGCCUGGUCCAAAUACAAUCCUAAAGACCAACUUUAUUUACAUAUUGGCCUGAAACCCCGAGUUCGUGAUCACUAUCGAGCGACAAAAGUGGCUUUCUGGUUGGAGCUUGUACCACACCUUCACAACCUGAAUGAAAUAUUUCAGUAUGUUUCCACAACAACUAAAGUCCCACCUCCUGACAUGACCUCAUUUCCGUACGUGACCCGACGUUCUCCUGGGAAAUUAUGGCCAGCCACCAAACGCCCAGCAAUGACACCCGCCAACAAUCCCAAACAUUCAAAGGACACCCAUAAAACAGCUCCAGAGGAUACGACAGUUCUGAUAGAAAACAAGAGAGAUUACUCCACAGAGCUGAGUGUCACCAUUGCUGUGGGGGCCUCCUUGCUGUUCCUCAAUAUUUUAGCUUUUGCUGCAUUGUAUUACAAGAAGGACAAGCGGCGUCAUGAGACUCACAGGCGCCCCAGCCCCCAGAGGAACACCACCAACGACAUAGCACACAUACAAAAUGAAGAGAUCAUGUCCUUGCAGAUGAAGCAGCUAGAACAUGACCACGAGUGUGAAUCGCUGCAGGCCCAUGACACGCUGAGACUCACCUGUCCUCCUGACUACACACUCACUUUGAGAAGGUCCCCAGAUGACAUCCCGCUAAUGACACCCAACACCAUAACCAUGAUUCCAAAUACAUUAACAGGAAUGCAGCCUUUGCAUACUUUCAACACCUUCAGUGGAGGACAAAACAGUACAAAUUUGCCCCAUGGACAUUCAACCACUAGGGUAUAGCUCAGCCCUUCCCCAUCUACCCUCACAAGCCGCUUGGAAGAAAGAAAAAAA